AUGUCGUUCAACAGUGGCAACGGCGUGGAUCCACAUCAAGGACGGAGUCCACGGCGGCAGGGCCCACCGAGGCUGAGGGAGCGGGCGGCGGAGGGCCGGGGGCGGAAGGGGCGGCGGCUGGGUGCCAGGCUCCGAAGACCGCAGUCCGGAGCCGGGCGGCCCGGCACUCACCGGCCCCGAGCCCCGGCCGCCCCGGAGCCCAGCCCCGACUCGCCGGCCGUUUCAGGGGCCCACGGGUCCCUGCCGCGGUCGGAUGACCCGGCCCGGAAGGUCACUCUCCCCUCCCACCUCACUGGCCCGGCACUUCCGGUUCCGCACAGGGGCCGGCGUCCCCGGUACUCACCCCCGGAGCGGCGCCCGUCACCGCCGCCGUCGUUGUCACCGCCGCCUCCCGGCAGUGCCGUCCGGCCUCUGAGAGGCAGCGCGCGGCCCCCGCACGCUCCACGCCCGCCCCGCUCCCGCGCGCUCCCGCCUGGCGACGCUCGUCAGCGAGCCGGCGCGCGGCCGUUGCGCUCAGUGCCGGGUCGCGAGCCCUCCCAGCGUUCCCAUUGGCUCCCUGGCCCGGGCGCGCGCGACGUCUCGCGCUGGGCACGUUUCUCUCAUUCAUGCGGCUCACGCCGUCGCGCCCGCCCCUGCUCACUCUCCCAUUCACCCACAGCCCCCACCCCGUCUCCGCUCUGGGGCGUGCGCGCGAACCGCGGCGACCGCGGCGACCUCGCCGUCUGA